UGGCUGUCCAGUGCCAGUGCGAACGUAUAUUAUAGCCUCGCGCUCCCGUCAGGGCUCGAGGAGAGCGGCGCGUCCACGGAUUAUCACGUCAGAGAGCUGAUUCGCUGGAGAUGUUCAGAAACAAUAUUCUCAGAGAUUUCGACGAAGACCCCUUCUUCUCGGACCCGUUCCGAGCGCACGGUGAACACAUGAGGCAGGUGAUGCGGAGCUUCUCGGAGCCCUUCGGCCGACCCUUCAUGCCCAGCAUCAUGGACGGCAGGAGCCAUGAUGCCGCGGGACAGACCAGCUCGUCCCCGGCUCUGAGGAACGACAACAGGGACAUGACGACGAACCCUUUCGGCAUGGUGGACCACAUGAUGGCCAACAUGAGGAGCAGGAUGGACGAGAUGCACCGCAGCUUUGGCAACAUGUCCGCCGACCCAAACACUCACUCCUUCAGCUCGUCCUCAGUCAUGACCUACUCGAAGGUUGGAAACGACCCGCCCAAAGUCUUCCAGGCCUCAUCCUCGACCCGCUGCGCCCCCGGAGGGAUCAAGGAAACCCGGCGAACUCUGAAGGACUCGGACAGCGGUCUGGAGAAGAUGUCCAUCGGUCACCACAUCAAGGACAGAGGCCAUGUGGUGGAGAGGAAGAGCAACAGGAAGACUGGGGAGAAGGAGUUGAUCCAGGACUUUCAGAACAUGGACGAAUCUGAAGCACGUGCCUUUGAUGAAGAGUGGCAGCAGUCCUUGUCCAACUAUCAGUCCGACUUCAUGUCGCGCCCGGGUCAGCGGCAGCUCCGCGGCAGUCAGCAGGCGGCUCUGCCUCCCUCCAGACAAGCUCAAAGGGAUCAGACGGCGAAGGAGAAGCGCAGGAGCGACAGAAAAGUCUCGAUAAAGCCCUGAGAGAGGCUGGAAAUGCCGCCUGCUUCUCCUGAAGAAAAGGCCAGAACACAACUGAUACUACGCCACUUUUAUCUUCUGAACUUAAGAUUCCUCCUUCUCUCUGUGGAACCAUCCUCGCUGAACUCUUGUAUAGAGGACGACAGUUGAAGCACGUAGCCAUCCAAGAAAAACAUCUUUACAGCUGUCACCGCUGAAGGUGUCUUCCAGCUCCAGUAGAUCUCACUUCAACUGAAUGAACCCCACGAUCCCUCGUUGUUGGUACACACUUCAGUGUCACAGCCGUCCACAACUGACGCACUUGGACAGUGUCUCAUGGUCUUCAUCCUGCUCACACUGGUGUUCCACAUGUGUCUUAUUCCUUCUGUAUUCUUAAUAAAAGAAACAAAAAUGAAA